AUGCCAGAAAAAGUGCUUUAAAUAGAGGGAAAGCUUUUACUUUGUCACCAGGUGACACGCCUCUCCACUGAGGAAUAUCUUCCACCUCUCAGCGUGUGGAUCACUCUGUGUGCUUGGCUCUGCCCUAGUACAUAACUCGCCACCGGAUAUCAUCAACAGUAGAGCCUAUUCAUCACCUGUGGAUUCAAAUCAAGCGAAACGUUUUCUUAUCCUGACGCUUUUCCUAACUGUAUAAGGAGAAGAGAAGAGAAAUAUAAAGAAGAAGAAACAGGACCAGAAUAAGCACAGCAGUAUAAGAAGAGGUGUCUUAGUCCUGCAUGGUGAAAAUGUUCCUGUGGGUCUCCUUGCUGAUGUCUCACAGUUUUUUGGGUCUGAAUGGAGCAGCAGCAGAACAAAGCACAGAACUGGAGAGGAUAGAGCAUUGUGGCACCAGGUGUUCUCAGGGCCUUCACUGCAGGACCAAGCCAGUAGAAUGGUUUCCUCCUCCGUGUCAGGAAGCUGCUCAAGGUCUUAACUCCUCCUCUGUGUUUCCAAACAUCAGCCUCUCCACAGUCAUGAGCUGCGAGGGGAGACAGAAGUGUUCGCUACACCUGCGAAUCAAAACCGCAUUGCACCUCACUGAAUCCAUCCAUGGUGUUUCCAUGUGCACCUUCACUGGUGGGAGGAUGUCCAACUGCCAAAUGUUCACCUUCACACAAGCGUCGAGAGCUAAAAUGACUGGACGGCAGGUGGAAAUUGACAAUAAUUGCUUUCCAAUUUCACCAAGCGAAAGCGUUCAAGUUACAGUGAAAACUGUGCCGAGCUACUGCGGCUUAACAUGGACAGGCACCUAUGACGCUCCAGGUUGCGUUAGUAAAGAUUUGCGACAACAUGUCCCAGAGUGCAUCACCGGGAGGCUAUCAUAUGACAUAAAGCCGGAAAAAAAGGAGCUGAGUGUCAGGGUGUCAGACAUGCUGGAAGACUAUGACUACUUCCUGCGUCUGUGCCAUAAGGAUUUCAUCUGCAAAGGCACAGGGGCCAGUUCAAUGAUAAGGAAGGGAGAUCCCGUAAAGAGCGCAACCCUCCAGUACUCACGACCUUUGCCCUGUCUUUGCAUCGAGGGGUGGUCAUGGGUGAAUGAUGCCACCAGGGUCCAGGUCUGCCCCUUCAAAGACCGUUUUGAGGAGCUGUGGUUUGGAAUUAACUUUGACCCCCUGGAGGAGACGCUAUCAUGGGAGCCCGUCUGCCAUAUCACUGCUGUGGUGGCGUUGUGUCAGAAAAGAGAGGAUGGCGACUGUGAGGAUCUGCCUCACUCUUCACGGAAAGUCAACAGAGAAAUGAUAACAUUUGCUAAAGUGGAUCCACACCCUCAGCUAUGCAUGAAGUUCACUGCAGACUCUCAGUCGUGGGUUAAGUGUCCCUUUGCUGAUGCCACAUUCAAAGCAUGGGAGGUGGUUGUGAUGAGACAACAAGUAAAGGAUGACGUGAAGAUGUUGUCUCACAUCACUGCAACGUUUUCUGUGGGGCAGUGUGUGAAGUCUGAAGGUUCGACUGGGUGCCAGAUCACUAACACACACACCAUGCAUGUGGAGAAGAAUAAAGCUGUUGACUUAAACCUGGAAGGAGAAAUGUGCAACUCUUGUCUCCAGGUGACGAGGCUUGAUGUGAAGUUUGCUGCAACAGUUAUUCACUGUCUUGAGCAAUGCAAACCAUCAUCCCCCCUCAGCCAAGAAUUCUCCAGGGGACCCUCUCUGGACUGGACUUGGGUCGUUGUAACUGCUAGCUUUUUCCUCUCAGGCAUCAUUAUCAUCACUCUGUUGCUGGUAACCGUAUUCAAGAGGAGGAAACAGAGAAUGAAGGCAGGCUACAUCUCUGAACAGCAAAUAGAUCCUGCUUUUGACUGUGUUGUUCCGGUAUUAUCAACUAAAUCUGCUCUCCAUGGAGGGCUCCUCGUACCUGAUUCACCCCAGUGUGGGAACACUGAGAAGGCCAACUUAAUAUCUGACUGACCAGAGAACAGUGCUACCAUCAAAAGCAUUUCCUGUAAUGUGCUGUAAAAACUGUAGUGUUGUUACACAACCAAAUGAGUUUGCUUUUGAAUGUGGCGUAUGAUAUGGGGACAGAUAUUUUUAUGAUCUGUAUGUUACUGGAUAUUUGCUGGUUAGUAUGCUUGAUAGUGGCUAUGUAUGUAUUCUAAUUGAUGUUGUAUGUUGAGGUGAAAGUUAAACCUGUAUCUUGCCAUUUAUUUGUUACCUGAUAUAUUCAUCAGCUUGCAGCUAAAUAGUCAUUUCAUAACUUUAUUUAUAUUUUCAAUAAAAAACAUGAAAGAAA